AUGAUGGAUCUCGAUGUAGAAAAAAGCAUUGAUUUUGAUUUCUUUGAUGAAAGCCCUCAAGGAGAACAAGAACAUGUUACGCAGCAAGUUUCUGCUUUGAAACCCCCCCUGCACCCUCACUCGACAAAGCAGUUACCGAAACCUGACAGUGCAGUAAAUGAUAAUAAACAUUGUGACAGUAGUAAAGGAGAAGGGUCAUCAACAGAGUCUGAUUCUAGUAGAGACAACAGUCCUGAUCGUUCAAGUGGAUCAGACAGUGAGGAUGUUAUUGAGUCAUCUAAUACGCACAAGAAAAAUGCAGUAGAAUCUCGGAACAGCCGUUCAAGGUCAUCUAGUGCUUCAAGCGUGGGGAGCAGUGUCAGCUCUAACUCUUCAACAGACAUUGAGCAGACGAACAGACGUGAUAGCAGCUGGUCAAAAUCUGAGUCUUCAGAUGUAAGAAAUGGCAAAAGGUCACAAUCAGGCAGCGAUGAUAGAGAAAAGCGACCUAUAAAUCCCUUAGCAAAGCCUGUAAAACAACAAGCUACAUUUAAUAAGGGCAGACAUCGAGAGAAUGCUGAGGACAGUUUGAAUAUGUUUUCUGAUAGCGAUAGUAGCAGGUUAAAAUUGUCUGCCACAUAUCCGAAAGGCAAUAGAUUUGCUGAGGAAACUUCAGGAAACAAGGACACAAAACAAGCAUGGGAUAAGGUAAAGGGAACAAAAGAAAAGAAAAAGAUGUCAAUAUUUACUGAACAUUCUAAAACAGUAAGGACAGACAGGCCAAAAACGGCAGUAAGAAGGAAUGAUAAACAGUCAAACAGGAACCAGCGUAGUAGAAGUCGUUCAGAUGAUGACAGUAAUUCAGACAGCGAUAUCACAGAUGUUUCAUCAAUUGAAACUCCUAGAAAUGAAAUUGAAGACAGUAGAUAUAAACAGAAAAUUGAAGAAGGUGCUAGAAUGACUUCUGCAGGGGAUGGCCAUCCCUUUAAAUUACAGUUCAAACCUGUGAGUCAUGGCCAUGAGAAAGACAGUGCUGUUAACUACGACUAUGAUCCUGAUAAGAUCACAGGCUUUGAUCUCAAGAUCCUGAUGAAAGCUGUUGGGGAGUUGGAAAAACAAAACAGAGUUCAGACCAACUCUCGGCGAGUCAUGUUUGCUCCCGCAAAUCUGAAGAGUUCUGAAAAAUCAAACUAUACAUUCGACAGAAACCAGACACGUGAUAUCGAGAGGGAGAAUCACAGGUUACUGAAAGAAAUAAUUCGACAAGUCAGUGCUGGGGAGCAGAAGAGGCAGUUCCAUCGACAGUCAGGAACCUACAGGUUGACACCAUCAGCCGUCAACAGGGAGAGAGAUAUACAGAGAAUUGAAAGGGAAAAUCUGGCAUUUCUGAAACGUCUGCAGGAAGUCAGGCCUACCAAAUCUAUAUGUAGAGAUCAACAACUGAGAGCUUAUGAGACUACUGUUUUCCAUGGUGUCCCCGUUGCAGCACUGCAUCACAUAUCAAAUGGAAAACGUUCACGAAAUGAUGCAGUAGAUAGUGCAAGCACAUUAGGUGGAGGACGUGCCGAAAGUGCAACCAGCAUAAGCAGUAUUGGCUCAUCAGUUCGCUGCAUGGGAUCAGGUCGUAGCAGUCGGCCUACUAGUGCAAAGUCAGGCUUCAGCAGCAAACGGAUUGAUAGCCGUCCUGCCUGGACAGACCGUUGGUGA